UCGACUGCGUAAUCAAUCCAAGUAGUGCGCGCUCGGCAGCCGUUCUUCUUUCUGUGGCGCGUGGUGUGGAAAAGUCAGCAAAAUACGAACCAAACAAGCCCCGGCGUCGAUUGUGUCUCGGGCAGCGAGACACAGCGAGCAGCAGCAGCACCACCACCAUCAUCAUCAUCAACCAUCAUCACCGUCCGCUUGCUGCAACACGGCCCCGGACGACGGUGACAGUGGCCCGAUAGCAGCGGCAACAAAGACGGCGUCCAAGUUCGAAACGAUGGCGGAAGCCCAGCGGCUGAUCGGGAUAUCGUUGGCGAAGAUCGCCCAAUCGCGGGUCUGCCGUGGUGGCGUUUCGCUCCACAAGAACCUGCUGGUUGCGACCGUGCUGCAAAAGGCGCGCUAUAUCUUUAUGGAAGAAGCGUACCACAUCGUGCACGGGCACUACCUGCAGCAGCAGCAGCAGCAACAGCAACACCACCAUCAGCUGAUGCAGGAGCAGCAGAAUGCGGCCUAUCUGCUUGCGGGCCACUGUGACAGUGCGUCAGCUGACAGCUGCGAUGAGGAGUGCAACGAUGCCGGCAACAAGUGCGGUGAGGUGGAGGAGAAGCAUCAGAACAACCAUCUUCCAGCGAUAGGCGGCGGAUCUGCUGCCCAGGAAGACGAAUUGGUAGAUCCGGUGGAAGAGGAGGAGGAGGAGGAAGAAGAAGAAACGUUGUCAGGCGCGCAGACAACGGUUUCCGGUGUUGCUGUAGGUGAAAGCUUACCGUACGACAGUGACAGCACCAUACUGCCUACUACGAUCGGUGGUUUACCGCUCGAACCACUCAACAUGUGUCGCAAUAGUGGCACAUGUGCGGCGGACGAACAGGACGAAGAAACGGUUGCUGUUGGGGAGGAGGAAGGCAAACAAUCAACCGCACCACACGACGUGUCCCAUCUUUUCCUGCUGCCUGCACUUGCACCGUGGAUGAGUGCAUCCGAGGAUAAGGAGAACGCUGGUGGAUCGUUUCCAUUCCUCCCGUCCACGUUUGACGGUCACGACGACGAGGACGAGGAAGAGGAGGAGGAAGACGAGGAGGAAGAAAACACUUGUCAGGAUCUGUCCUGUCACCAGCGCAAGCCGGAGCUGAUGGAGGAGGAACAGACGCCCGAGCUGGUGAAGCAGCUAGAAUCGGCCGUCCGGUCGAAGGGUGCUAUGCGUUACUUUGAUCUUGACGAUCGGCGAACGACGGCAAGCCGGCCCGAACGAAGACGCAGAAGGCAUCGUACGGAAGGUGACCAUCAUCACCACCACCAGGGCACGUCAGUUCCUGCGAAACGUCGCCGUUCAUCCACAACCGAGUCUUCGGCGAGCGAUGGUUCUACGCGCGCCAGCAAUCGUCCGGCGGAAGAUGAACGCAUCCUUCCGAUAGCGUUACUCUCCGCCAAGCGCCUAAAGACGUGCGAUUCGCCGCGUCCCAAUCCCCUCGCACCGGUCAUAUGCAACGGAAGUGCCGGUGGAUCCGGUCAGCCCCAGUUUUACUCGUCCCCGCACGAAACCAUCUGCCCGGGCGAUGCGGAAACGUUGUCCGAGUGUGUGAACCAGCAGCUGGAAGCGGAAAAUCUUACCACCACCAGCGGUAGCCAGUUCCAUUCCAGUCCCGUACAGCAGCAGCAGCAGCAGCAGCAGGCAGAAGAAUCUCCCGACGUGGAUGCACCACCGACACCCUCGGUUGAAAGUAUCGAUCGGAUAACGUCACUCGUGUCGAUCUUUAGCUUUGGCAAUCUGUCCCGUUCCGUGUCGACGCCCGACUUUUGUGCCGCCCAGGCACAGAAGGACAGUCGGCCCGAUGCGGGCGGUUCACUGCUGACCAGCCAGCUGCAGCAUCACGGGCAGCGGGGCUAUCUUACGAUGACCGUAUAACUAAUGUUGCUGCAGGCCCUCGAUAAUGGUGGUGGCUGGAACUACUUCGAGUACU